GCUGCUGUUGACCUGCUCUGGGAAACUGUCUGUAGAAACAGUAACAUUCAGUAGGAGUUGACUGGAGGAGAGAAGCACAUGUGAGAGUUUCUACUAAGACCGUGCGUAAAAGUUGGAUUUCUGUGCCGUCAGCCACAGAUGUCCUGUCAGCUGGAAGGAGGCCUGCAGCAGGAGUCGGAGGAAAACUGUGCAGAAGUGAAUUCUGAGGAAACUGUUGACGUGACCAGCCCUGACGGAUGCACGGAGGACAGAGGGCAGGAGAGCGCAGCCCGGCCGUCGUCGCUGCGCCAACAGCACAGAGCGCACAGAAUGACCCGCAGCCCCAAAUGUGCGCGCUGUCGGAACCACGGCGUAGUUUCGUGUCUCAAAGGCCACAAACGCUUCUGCCGCUGGAGGGACUGCCGCUGCGCCUGCUGCCUGCUGGUGGUGGAGCGGCAGCGCGUCAUGGCCGCGCAGGUGGCGCUGAGGCGGCAGCAGGCGGCGGAGGCGAGGAGAGCGCACGGCCAGGGUAAGAGGGGGGUCAGGUGUGCAGCGCCGUUACGGAGGACGGCGUACCAGCGUUACAGCCGAACGGCCGAGCCCAGCAUCCUGGCUAAGAACAUCCUGCAGGGGCUGAAAACGGCGAUGCCUCCGGAGGACGACGCCUCCUGCUGGGCUAAGCAGGCACAACGCGAUCAAACGCACAUGACGUGCGCGUCCAUUAGCACCAGGAUGAGGAAGAGACGAGCCUUCGCAGACAAGGAGCUGGAGAAUGUGAUGCUGGAGCGGGAGCUGAGGCAGAGGGAGCUGCAGGGUGACUUCUUCUUCUCCUCCUCCUCAGUCAUCGUCCCGGUGCCUCACCCUCCACCCCUGCCCGUCUCCCCCAGCCUCCACUGCUGCAGCUUCAACAAGGACCCUGCUGCUUCAGAAGCACCCAGCUAUGUGUACAAGUACAGGCCUCCUCUCUGUGACUGUGACAUGCAGUUCUGUCACUUCCUGCAGCUGAAGAGCAGAAUCUCUGCAGAGUCUGGCUACGACUUUUUGUGCCGAAGCUCAGAUAAUGGCAGAGAGGGUGAGGCGGCGCUGAACAGAUUGAAAACAUGGGAGGAGAAAGACCAAUCAGAAGUGAUGGCUCCUCCAACACACCUCCAAUCAGUCAAGCUACCCUCAGAACCUGCGGAGAUAAUUGCCUCAAAUGGCUCUUUAGACAUCACUCACUCUGUUUUUAGAUCAGACCAGAGUAUCACGGACGUCAGAGAAACCAGCAGCACUUUCGAUUCCAGAACUCUGACAGCCACAGGCUGGAGCACAGACACUCCUGCCUCACAGAUAAGUCCUCACACCGACUCUGUCAAGAGCCCUCAUGGCAGUUCAGUCAGGACUCCCACUGUGAGGCCAUUACCCUUCUCUGUAGAGGCUCUGCUCCGGGCCUGACAGGCAAAUGAGAAGUGGCGUGAAGCACUUUGUUUAUGUGUGGACCAAGCAGUGACAUGGAGGGUGGAAUAUAAAAAAAUACAUGGUUUCAUAACAUGAUCUGAGAAACACCUUCAUUGUAAAUGACUAGUUGCUAUAAAGUGCCUUGCAGCAGAUGUAUUUAUACAUGUCUUUUUAGCUUCAUAAAAAUGUAUUUUGCUACAGUUGAGUGACCAUUAAU